AUGGCGUCGUCGAAGACCAUCCCCUUCCCCCGCCCCACGACGACCCCACGCUCCUCCCUCCUCCUCUCUCUCUCCAACUUGAACUCUUCCUCCUCCUCGUCUUCCAUCUCCUUCCUUCGCUUGAGAUGUCAGUCUCGAUCCCCCUUCCUCGGCCAGGCCGCCAGGCUCGAAGACGGCGCCUCAGCCAUCGCCGCCGUCCAGCGGCGGAGGGACCUCCAGGUCGCGGCGGCCGGGGACCCGAGGCCGACUGUGCUGGUGGCGGAGAAGCUUGGGGAGGCGGGGCUGGCGCUGCUGCGGGAGCACGCGAACGUGGACUGCUCGUACCAGCUGUCGCCGGAGGAGCUCUGCGCGAAGAUCUCGCUGUGCGACGCGCUGAUUGUGCGGAGCGGGACCAAGGUGACGCGCGAGGUUUUCGAGGCCGCGCGGGGCCGGCUCCGGGUGGUGGGGCGGGCCGGGGUGGGCAUCGACAACGUCGACCUCCAGGCCGCCACCGAGCUUGGUUGCCUCGUCGUCAACGCCCCCACCGCCAACACCAUCGCCGCCGCCGAGCAUGGCAUCGCCCUCCUCGCCGCCAUGGCCCGCAACGUGGCCCAGGCCGACGCCUCCAUGAAGACUGAAAAAUGGCAACGCAACAAGUAUGUUGGCGUCUCUCUAGUGGGAAAGACACUGGCAGUUAUGGGAUUUGGAAAGGUUGGUUCUGAAGUCGCUCGGCGUGCAAAGGGACUUGGAAUGCGCGUGAUCGCCCAUGAUCCAUAUGCACCGGCUGAUAGGGCCCAUGCUCUUGGAGUUGAACUUGUAUCUUUUGAUGAAGCCAUAGCCACUUCUGACUUCAUUUCUCUCCACAUGCCUCUUACUCCGGAUACUUCAAAGAUUUUGAAUGAUAAUACUUUUGCAAAAAUGCAAAAGGGAGUGAGAAUCAUUAACGUAGCCAGGGGCGGAGUGAUCGAUGAAGAUGCUUUAGUGAGAGCACUGGAUAAUGGAACAGUUGCUCAGGCAGCUCUUGAUGUAUUUACAGAGGAGCCUCCACCAAAAGACAGCAAGUUGGUGAAGCAUGAGAACGUUACAGUCACACCUCAUCUUGGAGCUAGUACCAUGGAAGCUCAGGAAGGUGUAGCAAUUGAGAUCGCAGAGGCUGUUGUUGGGGCAUUGAAAGGAGAACUAUCUGCCACUGCCGUGAAUGCACCCAUGGUUCCUUCUAAGGUUUUCUCUGAGCUAUCUCCCUAUGUGGUCCUGGCGGAGAAGCUGGGCAGGCUCGCUGUACAACUAGUUGCAGGAGGAAGUGGCAUCAGGCUGGUCAAGGUGGUGUACACCUCAACCAGAGACCCCGACGACCUCGACACAAGAAUUCUCCGAGCCACGAUCACGAAAGGCAUAGUAGAACCUAUCUCCAAUGUGUUUGUCAACAUUGUGAAUGCUGAUUAUACUGCCAAGCAAAGAGGCCUCCGUAUCAGCGAGGAGCGGGUCUUCCAUGAUGGAUCUCCUGAGAUCCCGCUGGACUCGAUCCAGGUCUGCUUCUCUAAUGUGGAGUCCAAGUUUGCGAGUGCUAUAUCGGAUUCUGGUGAUAUAAGAGUGGAGGGAAGGGUGAAGGAUGGCGUACCACAUCUCACACUUGUGGGUUCUUUCAGUGUGGAUGUGAGCCUGGAGGGGAACAUCAUACUCUGUCGGCAGGUUGAUCAACCUGGUAUGAUUGGGCAGGUGGGAAACAUUCUUGGGGAGAAGAAUGUGAAUAUCAGUUUUAUGAGUGUAGGUAGGACUGCUAGAAAGAAACAAGCCAUUAUGGCUAUUGGAGUUGAUGAGGAACCUGACAAGGAGACUCUCAGGAAGAUUGGCAAGAUCCCAGCAAUUGAGGAGUUUGUUUUCCUUAAGCUAUGAAGGCAGAGGAGGAAGUACUGAAUAGGAAGUUGCUUGUGCUUCUUCUUCUUUUUGGCUAAAAACGGGAGUAUUAUAUAUAACGUGUACGGAUACAACCAAAAAAAUUAAAAAGCAACACAUCACGGAGAGCACUAAGCAACUCCGUCUCCCCCACCCAGAGGUGGUCUCCGGAAUGGUUGGCAACAAAGGACGUCACCCAAUCUGCAGCCUCAUUGGCCUCUCUAAACACAUGCUUCGGUGCUGUUGCUAUGUGUAUCUAUUUUCUUGUAUUAUCUGUUGUUGUCCUUGCGAUAUUUCCUUGUAGGUGGGUUGCAGUGUUGAGCAGAAGUUUUGUAUUAGUGCAUCAUUGAUUUUUGUUACUCAAGCAUGCAGCAGAGCAAUGGUUAUUACUUUGUUGGAGCAGGCUGUAAUGCUGUCUGAGAUAUUAGUACAUUUUUCUGCCCUUCAAAUCUAUGUCAACAGGUCCUUGAAGGAUAGUUCUUUUGUUUUCGUAUCCAUUCUCAUGGUCUUUUAAGUUGGCAAUUGGCCAUGCUUUUGGAUAUCAAAAUACAUCAUCAUUACUGAUUUAAGGAAUAUUAUGCAGAAGAAUUGAUCA